UGCCUCUCUUGAUUCUGUUCAGCAAUUGUGUUCCUUGCCCUCACCUGCUCUGCCUGGGGCAGCUGCGUCCUGCUCAUCUGAUCAUGCGGUGCCUGUGGCCCCUGGCUGGCUCCCUUGCUGUGCUGUUGGCUGCGGGGCUGAGCAGGGUCUCUGGGGGUGCCCCCUCGUCCUCAGACAGACACAGCCCCAAGGGCCAGGAGCUGCAGAGUCGACCCAGGAGAGGCACCGAGGAUGAGGCGGACAAGCAAGUUCAGCAUUAUGUGCCAGGGGAGUGGGCUGAGUACCCCCGGCCAUUCCACCCUGCCAGCCUGCAGCCCACCAAAUCCUUGGUGGCCACCAGCCCUAACCCAGACAAGGAUGGGGGCACCCCAGGCAGCGGGCAGGAGCCCAGGGGCAACCUGACAGGGAUGCCAGGUCAGAGGUUGCAGAUUCAGAACCCCCUGUAUCCGCUGACUGACAGCUCCUACAGCGCCUACGCCAUCAUGCUUCUGGCCCUGGUGGUGUUUGCCGUGGGCAUCGUGGGCAACCUCUCGGUCAUGUGUAUCGUGUGGCACAGCUACUACCUGAAAAGCGCCUGGAACUCCAUCCUUGCAAGCCUGGCCCUCUGGGAUUUCCUGAUCCUCUUUUUCUGCCUCCCUGUUGUCAUCUUCAAUGAGAUCACCAAGCAGAGACUGCUGGGUGACAUUUCUUGCCGGGCUGUACCCUUCAUGGAGGUCUCCUCCUUGGGAGUCACGACCUUUAGCCUCUGUGCACUGGGUAUUGACCGCUUCCACGUGGCUACCAGCACCCUGCCCAAGGUGAGGCCCAUUGAGCGGUGCCAGUCAAUCCUGGCGAAGCUGGCUGUCAUCUGGGUGGGUUCCAUGACACUGGCUGUGCCUGAGCUCCUGCUGUGGCAGCUGGCACAGGAGCCAGCCCCCACCACAGGGACUGUGGACUCAUGCAUCAUGAAACCCUCGGCCAGCCUGCCUGAGUCCCUCUACUCACUGGUGAUGACCUACCAGAAUGCCCGAAUGUGGUGGUACUUUGGCUGUUACUUCUGCCUGCCCAUCCUCUUCACUGUCACCUGCCAGCUGGUGACAUGGCGGGUGCGGGGCCCACCGGGCAGGAAGCCUGAAUGCAGGGCUAGCAAGCACGAGCAGUGUGAGAGGCAACUCAACAGCACUGUAGUGGGCCUGACUGUGGUCUACGCCUUCUGCACCCUGCCUGAGAAUGUGUGCAACAUCGUGGUGGCCUACCUCUCCACUGAGCUGACGCGCCAGACGCUGGACCUCCUGGGCCUCAUCAAUCAGUUCUCCACCUUCUUCAAGGGUACCAUUACCCCUGUGCUCCUUCUGUGUGUCUGCAGGCCACUGGGCCAGGCCUUCCUGGACUGCUGCUGCUGCUGUUGCUGUGAGGAAUGUCGUGGGGCCUCAGAGGCCUUGGCCACCGAUGGCUCGGACAGCAAGCUUAAGACCGAGGUGUCCUCCUCUAUCUACUUCCAUAAGCCCAGGGAGUCUCCCCCACUCCUACCCCUGGGCACGCCCUGCUGAGGUCAGGCCCAAGCAGGGAUAGGGGCAUAAGAGCAGGGGCAGAGUAGGCUUGGAGCAGUCACUCCAGCCCAAGCCAGUGUCUGAUGAUUCUUUCCCCAUAGGUCUUGCUUUGCUGCCUGUCUUGCUGUCUAGAGAUGAACUUGGCUCCUUUGGUCAAGGUUUGGGA